GUUAACUGUCGGAGGUCCACCUUUAAUUGUGUUAUCCAAUAAUUAGAUAAUUUAACUAAAAUCUGAACUAAACACAAAUCUGUGACUUGACUGUCUUGCUAUAAAACUUUGCGUUAGAAAUAGUAAACAUCUCGAACAGAAAGCUAUUUGUUAAAUCAACAAACUGCACCUUGCUAAAGCCAUCGAAGUUAUGGUGAAAUGUAUGGUAUAAACACACGACAUCUGAAAAUCAUCGUACACGACAUGCAUAGAAGCGAUACAAAGCUGAAACGUUUUCGAGAAACUAUGAACAUAUACCUGUUUUUAGUUUUGUUGUUUUGCUUAGAUUUCACAUUCGGUUUAGAUGUUACACGAAGUCAUGACGGUGAUACGUUAAAGUGUGAUACAAAAAUAAAUUGCUUAUCUUCAGGUGCUGUGAACACCAAUGAAAAUACAUGUUUUUGUGAUGAAGGAACUUAUUUUUUGAUGGUAAAUAAGUUGUCAUGUAUAAAAGACAGUGGACAGACUGCAGGUUGCAGUUUCAAAUUCAGCUAUUACCCCAAUGCUGUCCAAGCCAUCUCCGUCUCCACUAUACCAGCACAAGAAUUUUCGUAUGAGAUAAAGACGGGAACAACAUGUCGUCGGUUGAAUAUGUUAAAAGUUGAACUAUUAAACAAAGAAGUGUUAUCGUGGAUGGAAGGGAGUAAUGAUUUUAAAAUAUAUAACUUGAUGGGAACAAAUAGUUACUUUUUGAGGUGGAAAGAUGCUAACAAUGUUAAAACAAGCGUUUACGAAGGACAGUUGUUGAAAGUUUCACUACAGUGUGAAAAAAAUGAUGGUACUUCUGUGUAUGGUUGUCUGAUGGGAAAAAUACUUGGUUCACGGAGUUGGGACAAUAAAAAUAUGUGUGGUGCAACUUCUGUUUCUACCACGACAAUACCAAAAAUAACACAUGCAACGAAUACAACUAAGCCGCCAUUAUUAACUACAAAGCUACCAUUAUUAACUACAAAGAUGCUCAAACCUGUGACUACAAAAACAACAACGAGAAUUCCGUUAGGACCAAAAAACGCAACCAGUUCUAUGGCUCCCUUAGGAUCAAGCAAUUCAAAUGUUGUUUUGAUCGGAGGUGCUGUAGGUGGUAUCUUAUUUGUUGUUGCGUUAUUGGUGAUUUUGAUUAUUGUCAUUAAAAAGAGAAUAGUGACGACUAGAAAAAAAACAAGUGGUAAUAGUAUAAAGGGCAAGAAGGAGGUUAUAUAUGCUGAACCAGAGAGUGCGAUGGAGAUGGAGAACAUUUCGUAUCUGACGGCAGUGAAGUUAGAGAAAAAUAUAUACUGCGCGCCUUAUGAAAACGACGUUGAAAGGUUUUUACCAAAAAAAUAUGAACCCAGCACUUCGCCUGAUAAUCAUUAUGAUUCUCUAGAUCCUGAGUACGAAUCUCUAACUCAUGUAACUGGAUCUCCAAAAUAUCGUACUUUGGAGGGACGUCGUUCGGUGUACGAAGAUAUGAAUGCUGCGCAAAGUGAUGAUGAAUACACGCUAAUGGAGAAAAAAUAAUUUCUUUUUGUAACAAUUUGUAUUUAUAUUUAGGGAAUAGUAAAAUGCUUCGUUUCUAAUGCCUAUAGUGUUAAAUUCAAAAACAUUUUCGCAAGAAAAAGAAUAGAUUAGUGCUCGUUGUGAGUCGCAGUCGAGCGCAUGUUAUUAUUAUUACGAAUAUUUAUACAGGA